AUGCGUCUCGCUGCCGUUAGUCUUCUUCUUGUCUGUGCGGUUAUCGCUCUGACUCCUCCUUCCUUCCCUCCUUCCCCUUCUCCCCCUCCUCCCUCCCCUCCCCCUCCUUCCCCUCCUCCCCCUUCUCCCCCUCCUCCCUCCCCUCCCCCUCCUUCCCCUCCUCCCCCUUCUCCCCCUCCUCCCUCUCCUCCCCCUCCUUCCCCUCCUCCCCCUUCUCCCCCUCCUCCCUCUCCUCCCCCUCCUUCCACUCCUCCCCCUUCUCCCCCCCCUCCCUCUCCCCCCCCUCCUUCCCCUCCUCCCCCUUCUCCCCCUCCUACCUCUACUCCCCCUCCUUCCUUUACCCCCCCUUCUCUGACUCCUCCCUCUACCCCCCCUCCUUCCACUCCUUCCACUAUUCCCCCUUCUGCCCCUACUCCUCCUUCUGGCGGCACAUCCCCUCCUGCACCCCCCGGCUGCGUCGUUAAGAGGCUCAUAUGCCCGUGGGUGUGUGACAAUAACAAGAAGGAGCAUCCUAACAAGAAGGCGCGACCUAGCAAGAAUGAGCGUCCCUGCGUGUUGAGGAAGGUUUGCCCCAACGGCCAGAUUUGCAUUCCGUUUGUGCGAAGCUGUGAGGGGUACAAGUGCUUUAAG